CGUAAUUAGUAACAAGCCAGACGUUUAAAGUGUUAGCUGGUGAAUAUUUAAGUGAAAAUCUUUGAGCAAGUGAAGAAUGGAAUCAUCUAAAAAAAAUGACUAUAAUGUGGAUGUCAAGAAUAUGAAGCAUUUGGAAACCGUUUCUGAAGAGUGGUGGGAUCCUUCCGGAACUCAGAUUUUAUUACAUUCUAUGAAUCCAAUAAGAGUGGAUUUUAUUUGUAAUGGAUUAAUCAGCACUGGAAUGAUAAAAGCUGAAGAUAGAAAUAACCCGGACGUUUUGAAAGGACUUAAUAUACUUGAUGUUGGAUGUGGAGCUGGAGUUCUAUCCGAAGCAUUAGCAAAGCUGAAUGCUAAUGUAACAGGAUUGGAACCGUCAGAAGAACUUAUCCGAGUAGCUAGAGAUCAUAUUAAAGGUCAAUCAUUAAAUGUAGAUUACAUUGCAGAAUACAUUGAAGAACAUUCAAUUAAUAAUCCUGACAAAUAUGAUGCGAUUGUUGCCAGUGAAGUUGUUGAGCAUGUUCCAGAUCAGCGAGCAUUUCUUCUUGAAUUGACAAAAUGCUUGAAACCAAAUGGAAGUAUUUUCAUCACAACACCUAAUCGAACUAUAGUUUCAUGGCUACUUGUUAAGAUAAUUUCGGAAUAUGUUCUUAAUAUCAUCCAAAGAGGAUCUCACGACUGGAAUCAUUUCAUUAGACCAUCGGAAGUUGAGAAAAUAUUGGAAGAAAAGAAUUGUAAAACAGUCUCAGUUCGUGGAAUUUGGUAUACUGUAUUUCUAAAUGUCUUCAAUUAUCUGAAAUAUACAGGAAUACAUUAUUUCCUACAAGCUGUUAAGCAAGAUAAUAAGAAACAGAAGUAGCCCGAAAUUUUUGAAGGGAGUUUGGAUAAAUUUUUGGUUUAGGUUAGGUUUUUUUCCUCAAAAUCCU